AUGGCUGGGACGGCUUUUGCGGCAGCCCUGGGCAGCGUCGUGACCAGAGAAACCAUUUUGUUAGACACCAAAGCCAACAACGCCACUGCUACUGAAAGUGAGCUGAGCGCUCAGGAGCGGCGCAAGGAGCUGAACUAUGAAGACAUUGAGGCUCAACGGAUGGUUAUCUUCGAACACAUGCAGAACAUGGACAAGGCCAGCCUCGAUUUUUCUCUGGUACCCAAGGUGACCAACGUUGUCAACGAGCAAUUGCAGGAUGCCAUCGAAGCCGCUCUUAGCAUUGGCACCGUGCCUGUUCGUAUCCUUUGCGCGCCACCUGGCUAUGGAAAAACAUAUGCAAUGUGCGUCUUGAUGAAAAAAUUAUUAAAGGCGCAAGGCAAGAUUGCUGGAGCAGACAUCAUUUGCGGAAACCAACGCUUUCAGGAGGGUCACGUAGACCUUGACGAGUGGUUGUUGCAACAUUUUGGCGUUGGAAAGAAGAUGGAAUCAAUUAGUCUUGAAGAAUACUUUGCCAAGCCUCAAGGCGUUGCCGAGAACGAUCGCCCCUACUACAUCAUUUUUGACGAGCUGGACAAGGUUCGGCUUCACCAAUACUUUGAAGAGUUUAUCCUCAGGCUCAAGGAUAUUGGCCUGCGCCACAAGAACGUCCGCUUCCUUUUCGUCACGCACGAGCCGCACGCGGCGGAAUUGAUCCGCCGCAUGAACGGCAACGAGAAGAUCCGCUUUGUGUACGAGCAAGUCAAUGCUCCAAAGUGGACCCGUGAUAUGCUUCGCACACACUUUCAUGAGCAAACUAAUUAUUACAAGUGCAAUGACAUGAAAAAAGCCAGCAACGUGGAGCAGUUUCUUGAUAUGGCUGAGCGCGCCGGCACACCUGAGUUUGUUCUUGAUGUUGUGUCCUCGCACACACAAAAGCACUUGCGCCAAGAGACAGUGCCUUUCAGUUUUGACAUGGAUUACUGCCGGAAAGCCGCAGACAACGCGGAGCGGGCUUGGACCGAAAUUUCUCAGAUGAAGACAAUGAUGCAGGAGCGACCAUCUGAUUAG